UCAGCUUAUAUACUCAAGACUGAGGUGAUAUCUGCAUUAAUCUCUUCACAUCCAGAGCAGCAGCAUCAUCGUCAUCGUCAUCAGUCAUGAUCUCUCGCGCUCUCCUUCUGGUUCUGCUGGUUCUCGCCUGCCUUCAAUCCUUCACAAUGGCUCAGAAUGCAAAUGGACCAAAGAAAUGCUGUUUCACUUACCAGACAAAUCGAGUCCCUGUUAAAUACAUCGAGAGAUAUGAAAUAACAGAGGCUCUGUGUUCAAAACCUGGAAUCAUCUUUAUCAUGAAAGACAGUCGUCUGGUGUGUGCGGAUCCCCACGUCGACUGGGUCAAGAGCAACAUGAACAAACUUGACCAGCAAUCACCAGUCUUUAAAUCCUUUGUCCAUUAAUACCAGUGUUUAUAUCUGUUUGUUGUUUGUCUGUUUACAAUAUGAUCUUUUUAUUUAUUGGCCAGUAAGAAUGCCUGUAUUUUUUUUUUAUU